AUGUCUGUGUCCACAGAACAGUUCCAGGUUAUUGGCCCUUAUUGCCCCAUUGUGGCAGUGCUGGGUGAGGAUGCCAUACUGCCCUGCGCCCUAGUCCCAGCCAUGAAUGCAGAAAACAUGGAACAGAGGUGGUUCUGCACCACAUUCUCACAGGCAGUGUUCAUCUACUGGAACCAACUGGAACAUACUGAGGAGCAGAUGGCUGAGUACAGAGGGCGGACCUCACUGGUGAAGGACUUCCUUUCUGAAGGGCAGGCUGCUGUGCACAUCCACAAGGUCCAGGUUUCUGACAUUGGAAUGUACACCUGCUUCUUCAGACAUGGAGGCUUCUAUGAAGAGGCUGAUUUGGAAGUGAAGGUGGCAGGGAUGGGCUCUGCCCCCCAAGUGCGCAUAGAAGGGCCAGAAGAGGAUGGAGUGCGUGUGGUGUGCACAGCCUCAGGGUGGUUCCUAAAGCCCCAGGUGCAGUGGAGAGACCUCAGUGGAAACAAGUUCCCAGCACUUUCUGAGGCCCACACCCAAGACAGUGAGGAGCUGUUUAGUGUGGAGGCCACUCUGGUGGUGAGAGACAGUUCUGUGGGGAAUGUGACCUGCUCUGUCCUCAACCCUGUCCUGGGCCAGGAGAAGGCCAUGGCUAUUUACAUCCCAGAGCCCUUCUUCCCUCAGGCUUCUCCCUGGAAGCCAGCAUUUGCUGUGAUCCUGACCGUGCUGGGGCUCCUACUCUUGGGGGCUUGCUAUUUUAUCACCAAAGCACAUUCCAGAAGGAUGCAGGUGAGGCAGGAAAGGAGCAUCUGUGGCGGCUUAAGGAGGAGGAACAGCAGCCUGGAGGAAGGUUACAUCCUGGAGAUUGUGAAAAAUUUGCCUUCACUGUCCCAGCAAUUAAUUUUAAGGGACCUAUUAGAAGAUAUUGCUGGAAAGUACUCCCCCAGGGAGUACUAUAGUCCUACCUUAUGCCAAAAAUAUGUAGAUCGGGCGAUAGCUCCCAUAAGAAAUAGCUUUCCUAAUGCAUAUAUUAUUCUUUUUAUGGAUGAGAUAUUAUUGGCUCAUGCUAAUCGAGAGCGAGGUAUUAAGAAGGCACAGGAGGUGGGGAAAGACAUUAGCGGUUUUCAACUUUUCCCAGUUUUUGAGCAGUUAAAUGACCAAGACAAAAGAGUUCGAGUUCAUGCUGUAAUUCCAUUUAAGACUAUUAAGGAAUUGAAGUGUGCUUACAUGGAAGAGAUAGAAACCAGAUACAAGCGACUGAAGAUCGACCCGGAGAAGCCCCCAUCCAAAAGGAAGAGAUAUCAGAAAAAGACGAAGAGAAACCAGAUUGACCCAGCCAAAAAGCUGAUUUAA